AUGGGAGAGAAGAAUGAUCAGAUGGAUAAAGUUGAUGAUGUGAUGUUGCCGGGUUUUCGCUUCCAUCCAACUGAUGAGGAGCUUGUUGGGUUUUACCUCAAGAGAAAGAUUCAGCAAAGGCUUCUCCCCAUUGAACUGAUUAAGCAAGUCGACAUUUAUAAAUAUGAUCCCUGGGAUCUUCCAAAACUGGCUAGUACUGGGGAGAAAGAGUGGUACUUUUACUGCCCAAGGGAUCGAAAAUACCGCAACAGUGCUAGGCCUAACCGAGUCACAGGAGCCGGGUUUUGGAAAGCAACAGGAACAGACAGGCCUAUUUAUUCAUCUGAAGGGUCCAAGUGCAUAGGCCUUAAGAAGUCCCUUGUGUUCUACAGAGGCAGAGCUGCUAAAGGAAUCAAAACUGAUUGGAUGAUGCACGAGUUUCGCCUCCCUUCUAUCGCAGACUCAUCACCACCCAAGAAGCUGUUAGAUAAAAGCCUCCCUCCAAAUGAUGCAUGGGCCAUUUGCAGGAUUUUCAAGAAAACAAACUCAAUGGCACAGAGGGCUCUUUCUCAAUCUUGGCUGUCUCCCUUGCCUGAACCUACAUCAUCCGGUUUUCUAACUCAAUGCCCUCAGUUCAGUUCCGAAAACAACAUAUCUUGCACCACUGACUUAGGAUCAGCCAUACAAUUUUGGAGCAACAACAAUGACUUACAACAUCAACAAGCUUCAACUUACUCAGCUUUCGCUCUCUCUAAUAAACCCAACUUCAAUCCUGCAUUAGUUGGAGAAAACAUUCCCAAUGGCUUCAUGUUCACUCCGAUUGAUAUGUCAUCACCACCCAAUUUCAACCAUGCCUUUGUUGGUGACUUGAGUAACAACAACACCUCAGGGAGCAUAGACUUUGAUGGCUCACAACAACAACAGUUUAGUGGCUUCUCAACCAGUUUGGCUCAAGAUCAGAAUCAAGAAAACACCAUCACAAGCCUGGCUAACAAUACUAAUAGUCACUGGGGGACUAUCAGAUCAAUCGGGUUUCCUUUUAGUUUGGGCUCAGAUGAUCCUAGUGACAUGUCUACUAGCUAUUCUACAAACAAAUGCUAUACUUGA